ACCUGCGAGGCAAGGACCGGGCAAAACAGCGACCAAAUGCAAGAUGAAUCCGGAUCAACCGAUGCCAAUUCAAACCGGGGCGCCGCCUCCGCCCCCCUCGCAGCUGACCGCCCACACAAUCGCCGUGUCCGCCGUCACCGCUGCCCCGCCCACCUGCUCCAUGGCCGCCCAUUAUGGCGGCGGAAUGGGCAUUCCGCCCACAUCGUCCGGCGGCGGUACGGCCGGCAACUAUGUGUCCAUCGGCAUCCUGCCCAGCAUGUCGCCCGCCCAGCUGCCCCCGCUCCUUCUGUCCGCUCCGCCCCCCGCGACGACGACCUUCAAGACCACGCCCCUUCUGCCCAUGCCCACGCUCGAGGAUAUUGAGGUGGCCAACCAGACGGGUGGCCAGAGCGGUCAGGUGGUCGUAUCCAUGGCUCAAACUUCAAUGGCGCCACAGGGCAUUUUAAAGUACCCCACGGCGGGCUAUGUGAGCGACUUGAUGGCACCGCCGCCCAACCUGUCGCUCCCCCUACCCCUGCAGCUGCCCCACCCCCCGCCGCCGCUGACCUCGAUGGCCAGCAGUACCGCCGGCAGCAACAACAGCAACAUUAGCAGCAGCAACAUGAGCAACAGCAACAACAGCAGCAAUUGCGGUACGCUGAAGAGCAAUGCGAAGCUGUUGCCGCUCCAGCUGAUGGCCACGCCCCCCAGCCGCAAGGAGCCGCUGACGCCCGCCCAUCCGCAGGCGGCUUCGAUUCAGGCCCAGGCUCAGGUGCAACACCAAUUGCAGCAGCAGCACCAACAGCAGCAGCAGCAGCAACAGCAACAUCAGCAACAGCGGCAACGCAAGCGGCAAGGAUGGUGUUCAUGCUUCGGCUCGGGGGAUGGUGGCGCCACGGGGGGCGGCGGCACUGGUGGCCCGGGGGAAACCGGAAAGACGCCACCCGGAUACGGAAGCAAGGAGAAGAAGAAGAGCCGCAAGGCCACCUCCCAAACAGUGUGGUCCGCCCUGCUCACAAACCUGGGCAUCUGCAUGCUUCUGCUCGCCUACACACUGCUGGGCUCCUUCAUCUUCCUGACCAUCGAGAACGAGGACUCGGCUCUGCUGCAUCAGCAGCACACUCUGGCCAGCACCAAGCGCAAUAUGGCUGGCCUCGGGAUCGGUAACAGUAUCUAUCAGUAUCAGCAAAGGACACCGCAGCAGCAGCAGCAGCAGCAGCCGCAUCAGGCGGUACAGGGACGUCAUGCGGACAAUGACACGGUGGCCGCUGCCGCCGCCAUUGCCGCCCAGGGAACGUUGGCCGGAAAUGCCAAUGCCGGCGGCCCCAAUCCAUUUGGGCCCGCAUCCAGUGGCGAUUUUGUUUACGGCCUGGACGGCAUGGAUGCGUCCGAUUUGGAGGCGGCCGGAAUGCCCCAGUUCGCCCUCUCGCCGGACACCUACGAUGUACGGCAGCGGACCAUCGAGAAUAUCUGGGACAUCACCGUCUCGCUCAACAUUCUCUAUAAGGAGAACUGGACAAAAUUAGCCGCACUUGAAAUAGCCAAGUUUCAAGACCAAUUAAUCAAGAGACUGAACGAGGAUGUUAUGCUGCAAUUAUCACACGACGAUGUGGCCAACGCCCCCUCCUCAUCCUCGUCGUCGGGCGCCUCUGGUGUUCCGGGGAGCAACAAUCCGGCCACGGAAGCCGUGCUCCUUCACACACACUAUCACCAUCAUCGCGCCGGAGGCGUCGGGGGCGUGGCAGUGGGCGGGGGACCGCCGCAUGAGUGGAAUUUUGCCAAAGCGUUUUUGUAUUCGCUGACCGUUUUGACCACAAUUGGCUAUGGAAACGUGGCACCGCGCACGACUCUGGGGAGGAUCGUGACCCUGGCGUACGCCUUCUUCGGCAUCCCGCUGACCCUGGUCUACCUGAGCAGCACGGGCAGCAUCCUGGCCCGCGUGGCCCGCGAGGUCUUCUCGAAGGCGCUGUGCUGCUGCCUGUGCUCGAACUGCGGCUACUGCUGCUACGACGAGAAGCGGAUGGCCGAGAAGGAGCGCCGGAUGCGCCGGAAGCGGCAGCAGGAGGAGCUGCGCAAGCAGCAGGCGGUCAUGCAGGAGCCGUACUACGUGCGCGAUGUCUUUCAUGCCACGCCCGAAAAGGAUGCGGCGGCCGCCGGAGGCGGAGCUCCGCCCCCGAAUGCCGGUGGUCCGGGGGGAGGAGGAGGAGGAGGAGGCUCCUCCGGCGGACUGGGCGACAUCGAUUCGCUCAGUGCCAGCGAGUCCAGGGGCUCCAUGCACGGCCUGAGCAUCCUGGCCCCCAUCCUCCUCUGCUUCUCGAUGAUGAUCAUCUACAUUGUCUUUGGGGCCGCCGUCCUGUAUCGCCUGGAGAACUGGCCCAUCCUGGACGGCAUCUACUUCUGCUUCAUGAGCCUCUCCACCAUCGGCUUCGGGGAUAUGCUGCCAGGAUUGCGCCGCGAAUCGAAUGCCACCACCUGGUUCUGCUCGGUCUACAUCAUGUCGGGCAUGACCCUCACGGCCAUGUGCUUCAAUGUCAUCCACGAGGAGAUUGUCCAUCGGCUGCGCAUAGUGGUGGAGUUCAAGAAGACGAGUGCCGCCAAUUCGGGCAGCCUGUCCGCUGGUGGUGCUGGCGGCGGUCCCGGUGGCUCGAUGAUGGACGUGGCGCACGAGGAGGGCGGCCAGUACUAUGUGCCGGCCUCUUGACACUACGAGAAGCGAGGGCAUCUCUACCAGCGCAACCCCACCGAAGAGACCCUGGUGACAGACACACCCACAUCGCUGGUGCUGAAGGACUAUGUAAACCACGAGCUGGUGCCCAUCCUGACCAUGGAUCCGAAUGGCGCCCGCCUGGCCCCCGCCCCUGCCCCCGCCUAC